CAUCAGCUUAAUUUAAUUUUAAUUCAAGCAACUUCACAAAAUCGUUAGAUAAGGAUAUUUUUUUCAAACUUAACUGAUAUAACAAAUUUUUUUUCAAACAGUCUACAGCGGGUUACGGUUUUAGAUAAAAUUGUUAAAUACAGAGUUCCUCGAUCAUCUAAUACUAGAUGGAAUUUUAAAAGUCGAAUAGUAAAUACUGUGUAUGAGAAUCUUGAGCCGUUAAUUGAAUGUAUGAAAGAAAUUGAAUCAACAUUUAAUCAAACCAUAGCAAUUAAUCAAGCUGGAGCUUUGAAUCGGAUGUUAAAUGAUGAUAAAUUUAUAUUUUGGUUAAGAGUGUUUCAUUCUUUAAUGCCUCAUGUUGAUAUUUUAUAUAAUCAACUACAAAAACAAACUAUGGAUCCUGUAGAACUUUCAAAGGCAAUUUUUCGGUUCGAAGAAAAUAUAUUAAAAGAAAGACAGAAUAUUGAUAACAUCGUUGAAACCUCUCAAAAUCAUCCAACGAAAAAACGAAGACAAGAUGAUACUAUUGAAACAAGAAAAAUCGCUGCAAAAGAAGUAUGUGAUAUUUUUAUUGUCAACGUUAAAGAACGUUUUGAUUAUAAAAAUCACUUAAAUGCUUCGCACCUAUUUUUAUCCACCAAAUUUCCUAUGUACGAAAAUAACUUCCCAAAUGACCAUUUUANAAAGAUCGUUUUCCACAUUGAAACGUGUUAAAAAAUUUUUGAGAAAUUCAAUGACGGAAGAUCGACUUACAGCACUAGCAAUGUUAUCGAUCGAAAAACGGACGAUCAACAAUAUUUCAAACUUCAACGAAGAAGUAAUAAACAGGUUUG